CUUCAGUGUACAGUUCAGUCCACCAACCGAACCCAACAACGCAAACCGGCACUACCCAGAGUUGAUUUGAUGUAUUUUAAUUUUUGUACUAAAAUAGAUGUGGUGCGGUUCGACUCGGCUUGGCGGCGCAGCGCAGUGUAAUAUAGCGACCCCAUGCGCGGUUGAUUUAUUCUUGAGAGAUUUUAAAAAUAAAAUAAUUCCGUGCUAAUUUAAGUUGUUCAAAAACAAAAAAGUAAAACAAAAAGAAGGGCGUAUUGAGAUUAUGACAAGAUCAUAACGACCUUGACUCGUAAAUAAAAAUAAAAACCUCCCCUAUUUUGAUUUAUUUAUAAAUAUUUAUGUUCUUAAUGUUUUUCUGUAAAAUAAAAACGAAAGUGAAUGACCCAAGUUUAGUUACAAUUUUGGAUAUUUUGAAUUAAAAUGCACUGUCAACGUAUUGAAACAAGUGUUUAAUUUCAUUUAAAUAACAAAAAAGUUUGACAGUGCAAAGUUUACAUUACAACUUUUGUUUUUUGUGCAAACAAAGCCAAAGGCAACUAUUUUCAAUUAACGCGCUUGAUUAAUUCGAAUGAGGAAUAUAAAAAUAAAUCAGAUCAUUUCUUUGAGUUGCAUAAAAAUAUACAAAAUAUUUCUGCACUUGGGGCAGUAGGUGACUUGUCAUAGAAAGACUAAAAAUAAUGACCAGCAAAUAUGAGCAACUUAAGUUCCAGCGGCAGUAACGAUAGUGUCCUCGAGCCGUUACUGCAACAACACGACGACGAUGAUGACGACGAGAACAAGACACCCCUCACCAGCAGCAGGAAAAACGAAGACGCCAAUGACACCUGGUUGGUGUCACCCACCAAUCACUGUACUUCAACUUCAAAAAAUAAACCUAAUUCCAAAACAGAUCCCGCAUCCGUCAAAAGUCGUUACACCAACAAAAACCUACUCCGACAUUGUAAGAAACCAUCAUCGAUUGGUCAAUCAAUUAGUAGCAUAUUUACCCGCCGAAAACGGGCUUUUGUGCUGCUAGGCGGAACGUUCCUAUUUCUAUUCUACAUUAAUUCCAUGAUAAUAAACCGGAACUCCAAUCAAAUGAUUCCUGUUACUCAUCAUUCGACUGUGCCCGGAAUGAAGGCCUUGAAUAUAUUUGCACAAAAUGCAAGUCCAGAACAGCAACAAUCGACCCUAAGGCCAACGGUCGUGGUCGAUGUUACAAAAAGUCCGGAUAAAAUCACUAGCACUAGGCGAUCCCGCUCGACGGGAGCCGCAGCAAUUGGUGGAAAUUUGAUACCACUUAAAUCAACUGCCAUGCCCAGAUUAGAUAGAAAUACAAAACCUAAAAUUGUUGCAACCACAGCUUCAUCAGCUACUCCCAUCUCAAAUUCAACCUUUUCAAAUAAUUCAACUAUUCUACCUCCUCCUCCAUCAGGAUACUUGGUAUGGAGCGACAAGUGCAAAAUGCCUAGUAUAGAUCCAUAUACGGCGGAGGUUAUGCAAUAUUUUAAACGGGAAAAGUACGAACCCUGUUCGACGAGUAAGCCUCUAACCAAGGUGGCCUUUAAUUCAACAACGGGCAAAUACAACUUGCUUAUAAUUCAAGACCAAGUCAAGUAUUAUACUAAAUCUGGAGGACAGCUGGACUGUUGUUACCAAGUAAUAGAGCGCAAAACUGGAGGCGAAAAAGCUGACCAAGAAGUUGGUCUUAGUGAAUGUUUGAGUUUUCGGAACUCAGCUCAGAUUCCCAAUACCGCUGACAAUAUUUUAGUUAAAUGCAAGAGCAAAAAGAAGCAAACUUACAUCAAUGGUCAUCCGAUGAUGCCAGAACGACCGGAGAUCCGAAAACGAUUGCAAGACUGGAAAAAAUCCAAUUCAGAAACAAAAAAGCCCGUGAGUGUCCUUAUGAUAGGAAUCGAUAGUAUCUCAAGAGUCAAUCUCAUACGAGCGAUGCCAAAGACUGCACAGUACCUGUACGACAACGAAUGGUUUGAAAUGAGUGGAUAUAAUAAGAUGGGUGAUAAUACGUUCCCGAACUUGAUGGCUAUUCUCACUGGCUACAAUCAAACUGUAGCGUUUGAUAAAUGUGCUCCAACCAAGUUAGGUGCUCUCGACCGAUGUCCAUUUAUUUGGAAAAGUUUUCGUGAACAUGGCUAUGUUACAGCCUACGCUGAAGACGAAUCCUCAAUCAACACCUUCAACUAUCUUAAACUAGGCUUCGAAAAGCCACCAGUAGACUAUUACCUACGACCAUUUCUAAUAAGUGCCGAACACAAUCUUGUUAAUAAAUUAAAAUCUGGACUAAUAUUUUGCCUUGGCUAUCAGCAUUCAGCUGAUUACAUUUACGAUUAUGCCCUCGAAUUGGCCACACGAUAUCGAGAUGAUCCGUUUUUCGGACUCUUCUGGGCCAACACUUUCAGUCACAAUGACAUAAGUGACUGCUCGUCGAUGGAUGAUAAAAUGCAGGAUUACUUAAAACAAUUAGCCAAACGUGGCAUCCUCGAUCGGUCUAUUGUGAUAUUUUUUAGCGAUCAUGGAAUGCGUUUUGGGCCAACGAGGAAAUUUCUCUCUGGCCAUCUGGAAGAACGUUUGCCCUUUAUGUUCAUUUGGUUACCGCCGGGAUUGAAAAAUUCUCACACUGAGUUCGUAAAUGCCCUGAGUGUGAAUAAAAAUCGAUUAACCAACCCCUAUGAUCUCCAUAUGACCCUAAAGCAUAUUCUCGAGCUAUCGGGUAGAGUUAAUAAGUCAGAACCUAGUCAGGGCUGCCCUAAGUGCCAAACCUUAUUGAAACCUGUGCCACACAGCCGGUCUUGUGAUGAUGCUGCAAUAGAGGACCACUGGUGCACGUGUAUUCCCUACACGAGCAUCUACAAGGGCUCGAAUGUGGUCACCAAAAUAGCCAAAUACUCAAUCAACUACAUCAAUGACUACGUUGCAGACUUCAAAAACGGAAGCGUUGCUGACAGAUGCGCUUUGCUGAGCUUAAGUGAGGUGCAAAGUGCCUAUCGAGCCUUACACGGUGUGGACGCAUCGACGAAUGUUACAACGGAAACUUAUCGAAUAAUUUUCAUAACAAAGCCAAAUUACGGACUUUUUGAAGCAACAGUUCGUUAUACCAUCGAAACGGAAAACAUGGAGGUAACCGGAAGUAUAAGUCGUUUGAACUCGUAUGCUUCGGACUCAAGUUGUGUCUCGGAUGGUGGGGCCAAGAAAUAUUGCUCUUGUGGUAAGAGUUCGAAGAAUCGUCAUACAGCCGCACGUGCUCCUGCUGGUUAGGAUACGCAUAGAACUUUAUUUUUAACCUAAUAAUGAAUUUUAUUUUGUAUUUAUUUAAGAUAUAAAUAACUCUUUUAAAAGCCUUUCCAUUUCUACUUGCAAUUAUAUAAAGCUUUGCGCUUUCUUUUAUUUCAAAUCAAUUAAAACAACUUAAAUACUAAGAUCGGAGUAUCUAAGCGAGUUGUCAAACCAACCAUACCUAAAAUGAAAAAUAUAUUUACCCUUUCGUAAAAAGUGGUCCAAAAAAGGUUAAAGUUACAAAUUUAAAUUCAUAAUAUAAACGUAACAAGCUUGCCAAAUAUAAAAUUCAAAACCAAAUUGUACAGUAUAAAUUAUAAGUUAACAAAACUAUCAUAUAAGGCCAGUCUCCUUGGAGAUAAUAUAAAAGUUUUAAAGACGCUAAUUAAAGAACAAGCCUAAAAACUGGCACAAUCUGUGAUUACCAUUUAACAAAAAGAAAAAAAAAACAAAGAAAAUAUAUACGAACUCUCUCUCUCUUUCACUUUUUGUCCUUUGAAAUGUUAACGGUUACAUUUUAAGUUAAUUUACAUAUUUAUAUGUACCUAUGUUAAUUAAUAAACAUAAAGUAUUUUGCUUAGUAAAAUAAUUAUAAUUAAAACAAAAUAUAAAGUUUUGUGUGCCUUUUUGUUGUUUGAAGAGGAGGUGCAUCUUUUCACACAAUUUCCAUAGACUUAAAAAAAAAGUUAAACAAAAAUUAAUUAAAUUUCUCAGUCAGUUAAAGUUCAGAUGAGUGGAAUAUAUAUUUCUCUUCUUUUUAGUUACCUAAUAAUUUAGAAAAUACAACUAUUUGUAACUUGUGCUUUAAGCAGAAUUAUUAUCGAAAUAAAUCUACAAUAAAUUAUUUUGAAUAGUAAA